UCUGCACUCAAUGCCAUCUGGGUGACAGAGGAGAUGGAGCACUCCCUGGAAGUGGAGUGGGAGAACCCACCAACAGAUGUGGAUUAUUACAAGCUGAAGUUCAGAUCCCUGGUGGAGAUGGAUGAGAAGCAGGUCAUGGUGCCCAAAAGCAAUGACCCUAAGAGCAGACACAUCAUGACUGGCCUGAAACCUGGCACAGAGUACGAGGUCACUGUCAUACCUGUGAAAAACAAUACAGAGGGGAAACCAUCCUCAGUGAGUGGUAGGACUGGAAUUGAUAGCCCAACCAAUGUGGCAACUGACCGAGUGACAGAGGACACAGCCACUGUCUCAUGGACUAAAGUUGAGGCUCCCAUAGACAGGUACAUGGUGAGAUAUACCUCAGCUGAUGGGGACAUCAAGGAAAUAGAGGUGGGGAGUGAAAAUUACAUCCUCACCUUACUGGAUCUGAAGCCAGGCAUGGAAUAUGUCAUCCACAUCUGGGCAGAGAAGGGACUCCAGCGGAGCAGGAAGGCAAGCACCAGAGCUGUGACAGAAAUCGACAGCCCAGCUCACCUGGUGACUGACCAAGUGACAGAGGACACAGCCACCAUCUCCUGGGACAGGGUCCAGGCUCUCAUAGAUAGGUACAUGGUGAACUACACCUCUGUUGAUGGUGACACAGAGGAGAUGGAAGUGGGAAAGAAUGAGACUACCACAACUCUGACAGGACUGAAGCCUGGCAUUGAAUAUGUCAUCUUCCUCUGGGCAGAGAAGGGAACCCGGCAGAGCAAGAGGAUCGGCACUGAGGCAGUGACAGAAAUGGACAGCCCAAAGAAUCUGGUAACUGACCAAGUGACAGAGGACUCGGCCACUAUCUCCUGGGAUAGCAUCCAAGCUCCCAUAGACCGGUAUAUGGUGAGCUACACUUCUGCUGAUGGGGACACCAAGAAAAUAGAAGUGGGGAAGGACAGGAGCAUUACCACCCUGACUGGACUGAAACCAGGCAUGAAGUACACCAUCCAUCUCUGGGCAGAGCUGGGAAGCAAGCAGAGCAAGGGAGUGAGCAUUGGCACGCUGACAGAGAUUGAUCCUCCCAAGAACCUCCGUGUAUCAGGUGUGACUCAUUCUACCGGCGUGGUUACCUGGACUCCUUCUGCAGCACAGAUUGAUGGCUACAUUCUGACUUACCAGGGUCGAGAUGGCAUGAGCAAGGAAGUACAGCUGAGUCCUAGAGAACAACAGUUUGUGCUGGAAGGACUGGAACAAGGAGUGAGGUAUACCAUCCUUGUGAUGGCCUAUAAGGGAGACCGCCAGAGCAGAAAGACAGAUAGUGCCUUUUCAACAGUUAGCUUUCUCUACCCAUAUCCUGCGGACUGCAGCCAGACGCAGCAGAACGGAAAUGCCUCCAGCGGCCUGUACACCAUUUACCUGAACGGGGAUGGCAGCCGGCCGAUGCAGGUGUACUGUGACAUGACCACUGAUGGAGGCGGGUGGAUAGUGUUUCAGAGGCGGAGCACUGGCGAGCUGGACUUCUACAAACGCUGGAAAAAUUAUGUGGAAGGCUUUGGAGAUCCCACUGGGGAAUUCUGGCUUGGUCUUGACAAGCUGCACAAUCUCACAAGCAUCAGCCCCAUCCGCUAUGAGCUCCGGGUGGAUUUGCGAACAGCCAGCGAAUCUGUCUAUGCUGUCUACGACUUCUUCCAGGUUGCCUCGAGCAGGGACAGAUACAGGCUGUCGGUGGGGAAUUACAGAGGCAAUGCUGGGGAUGCAAUGACCUACCACAAUGGCUGGAAGUUCACAACGUGGGACAGGGACAAUGAUGUGGCUCUCAGCAACUGUGCUCUGACGCACCAUGGCGCGUGGUGGUACAAGAACUGCCACUUGGCCAACCUCAAUGGGAAAUAUGGGGAGAGCAAGCACAGCGAGGGGGUGAAUUGGGAGCCAUGGAAAGGCCAUGAAUUCUCCAUCCCUUUUACCGAGAUGAAGAUCCGUCCUCAGUCUUCCAGUAAUGAGCCAAUCCUGGGGAGGAAGAAGAGGUGUCUAUCAGGGAAGAGGAAGAAGAUCAGGGCUUAAAUCGAACUCUGUGCAGGAACAGUACCCAAA